AUGGAAAUGGAAAGUAAGAAAAUGGUGAAACGCUGUGGAGGGCACCCAGUAGCCAUCAUCAAGCUGGCUCAAGUUUUGGCAGAUUCGGUGAUAGAUGUGGAGAAAUUAUAUCACUUUUGGAUAGUUGAUGGAUUAGUGAAGCUGCAAGACAUGAGAGAUGAAGGAGCAUCGUUAAAUAUUGCAGAACAAUAUCUAACUGAACUCGACAAAAUGGGUAUGAUUGAGGUGGAAGAAGAGGAUGUUCCAACUGCUACACGACUCAAAUCUUGCCGCAUUCAUAAAAUGAUGCGACUGCUAAGCAUAUCAAUGGGUAACCAGAUUAAUUUCAACCAAUAUUUGGUUUCGGAUACCUCCUCUUCCUCGUCGUCCUCCUCCUCCUCACCAUUACUAUCAUCAAGAAAGAGAUUACGGCGAUUGUCCCUCCUGCAUAUCCUUGACCCACACAAACAGCAAGUUAGGAAACCUGUAAAAAUAUUGCCUUUUGAUGUCGAGGAGCUAAAGCUACUAAGACUUCUUGAUUUUGACGGGGUUGACUUUGGAUCAUAUGACGAUAAGUUAUCAGGUGAUGAUCAGAAAAAGAAUACUGGUUUAGUACUCCAAGGGUUAUCCAAGCUAGUCCAUUUGAAGUAUCUGAGUUUCAAAAGAUGUUUUCUGGACGAAUACUUAUCGUUGUCCAUCACUUCUAACUUGCAAAUACUUGACUUGCGAGUGGAUGAUUUGAUUAACGAGGUGAUUCUGCCAAAUGUUUUGCGGAAUAUGAGAAGAAUGAAACAUCUAUAUCUUCCACGUAUGUUUCAAACAUACAACGGAGAUAAGUUGAGGCUUGAUGGCAUGACAGAGCUUGAGACCCUAGAAAACUUCAUCACAAAGGUGUGCAAUGUUGCUGAUCUGCAAACAAUGAACAAACUCCAUAGCGUAGCCAUGAAGGUUGACGGUUAUUUCCCUGACCUGCAGUUCAUCAACCAGCAUCUGAAAAAACCUUCAAACGGACAGAUUCAGUUGUCUAUAGAUAUCAGAAAUUUUGAUUGCUUUGUUGAUCAGAGGCAUUCACUUAUCAGGGAAGUAUUGGAAUACUUGGGUGUCCGAAUCUUUUCCAUUGAAGGACAUAUCAAUGAGCUUCCUGCCAGAUACAACAUCUCCCAAGGUUUAACAAAGAUAGUCCUGAUUGGCUCUGAACUUGAGAAAGAUCCUAUGCAAAAUCUAUUUAAGCUUUCCCAUUUACGUGUUCUAGUCCUCGAUGAUAAUGCUUUUGAAGGCACGAAAAUGGUCAGUCCUGCUUCGGGUUAUACUCAACUCAGGCAUUUGGAACUCUUGAAUUUGAAGUUUCUGGAGAGUUGGACUAUAGAAAACAAUUCUAUGCCCAAACUUUCUAACAUGAAAAUAGAAAAUUGCAACAAACUGAAGGUCCCUAAUGGUCACGAAUCCCUCACUGCUCUUAAAGAGUUGGAGAUUGCAAAGAUCCCUAAAAAAUUUGUACAUUUGCUCCUCAAGAUGGACCCAACACAAAGAGAAGACACAUCCUUAGUAAAUUAUGAGAAGAUCACUUUUCCAAUAAGUGAUGAGAUUAUCAGAUUGGAAGAUGAAGAUUAA